UUGGUCAGGACGCGUUCUAUCUCGCCACUGCAAGGCGCCGCCGCGCUCGUUCGGGAGGAGGAAGGAGCCCGUGGGCCACCAUGUCCGAGCAAGCUGAGCUCAGCGGUCUCACCGAUGAAGAGGCCUCCAGCGCCUGCUCGGACCCCCACCCCAGCACCAAGGAUUUUCUGAUGCAACAGACAAUGUUAAGAAUAAAAGAUCCCAAAAAGUCACUGGAUUUUUAUACCAGAGUUCUUGGAAUGACCCUCCUACAGAAAUGUGACUUUCCUACCAUGAAAUUCUCCCUCUACUUCCUGGCAUAUGAAGAUAAAAAUGAUAUUCCAAAAGAUGCAAAAGAGAAAACUGCCUGGACAUUUUCCAGAAAGGCCACAAUAGAACUGACACACAACUGGGGCACUGAAAAUGAUGAGAAUCAGGCUUACCACAAUGGCAAUUCGGAUCCUCGAGGAUUUGGUCACAUUGGAAUUGCUGUUCCUGAUGUAAAUGCCGCUUGUAAAAGAUUUGAAGAGCUGGGAGUGAAAUUUGUAAAAAAGCCAGAUGAUGGUAAAAUGAAAGGACUGGCUUUUAUUCAGGAUCCUGAUGGUUACUGGAUUGAAAUUCUGAAUCCUAAUCAUAUGGUGACCCUCAUUUAGAUUUGAAUUAUUAUGCCAUUAUAUUCCAUGAAGAAACUGAAGAUGGUUAUCAGCCUCCUCCUUGAGAUUUUGAAUACUGGAUUAAGAAAAGAACAUUUAUAUAAUUAUUUAAAAGCCCGUGGAGCACAUCCAAAUAGUCCCACAAUUUGCUUUCCCCUGCUCAGGCAGCAAAGUGUUUUGUACCAGCUCAGCCAACUGGUCUCCAAAUAGGCUAGCUUCUAAGGACAAAGAACGAGUAAGCUCUCUUUUUCUCCAGUGUUCUUUUAGUUUAUGAGGAACUGGUUUGCCAUUUUGCCUACAUGUAGCAAACCUGGGCUUGCUACAGGCUAUACAUAGAGGUUUCUAUUUUUUUUCUCUUCAUGCAUGAAGGAAGGAGAGCAAGACCUAUUAGAACUUGGGACUUAUUGCUCCUUGGUCUCAUAAAGAAGUCAAAUAUGUGACUUAUAGUAACUAUAAUUAAAAUCUUAUACCUAUAGUUUAAGAUUCUAAAUAUAGAGAAAGCAAACCAUGGUUAACAGAGUCUUGACUUCUUUCUGUCUUUCAUCAGCAUAGAUUUUCACAAAUGCAUUAUGUGGCACAGCAGCCUUUUAAGAUAAACCAACGGCCAUCAACUCUUAUGUAUCAAUUUGUUUUUUUAAUUCAAAUGAGAUAACAAAUCAUAAUUAGUCCAAACUCCAACAGAACUUGAAUAGAUCCACACACAGAAAUGCAAAGAAAUACUUCGGCAUGGUGUGUCAAAAGCCAAUAUUGUCUAGCAUUUUGAUUGGUUAGGUUAUUUUUUUGUAGACAUCAUUAUUGUAAUAUCCUUCUCAGAUAUGUCUGAUUUCACAAUACUGUGCAGCUGUAAUCUCAUCCCAAUCCUAAAUAAAAUAUUUGAAAAUUUUAGCUACAUUUUCUUUAAUUGAAUAUGCCUGCAAAAAUAGAUUUAACUUUGUAACUGGUGAUGAGCUUUGGAGCUGUAAAUAUUAAAUGCUUGUGAACUGAAAGAAAAAAGUCUUGCUCUUUUUUCUUCUAAUGCAUGGGCAAGGCAAAGUGCAGCUCCCAAGACUGUUUCUGUGGCCCACAAAAACUUUCCAGACUCCAUUCUUCUGUGCUCCCACUCCCCAAGAAGAGUAAGCUUCCUCUCCUGGAAGCCUCCAGGAGCACUAAUUCACCUUAUACUACGAAUCAUAGGAAUGAAAUCAUGGGUUCUUAGAGUUGGAAGGGACCACAAGUGCCAUCUAGUCUGAGCCUCUUCUGCUGUGAAGGAAUACACAAGAAAAGUAUUCCUUAGAUAUACCCACCCUGCUUCUGUUUAAACAUCUCUGGAAAAGGAGAGCCUGCCACCCUUUGAGUCACUCUACUCCACUGCUAAGCACCUCUUAACAAUGAACCAUUUCUUCCUAAUGUUUAAACAGAAUCUCUUUUCUUCUAAGGUAUCACCCAGUUGCCCAAGCAUUUGUUCUGGAAAUGGUGCUUUUUAGCUAGUUCAUAUAUUAUAAAUUAAAAUAAUUUUAAAUAAAUAAAUUGGAAUUGAAAAUGAGCAGUGAAAAUGCCAGGUUAUUUAUGGUAUUCGACUUAACCAUUGGUUCUCAACCUGUGAGUCCCCAGGUGUUUUGGCCUACAACUCCCAGAAAUCCCAGCCAGUUUACCAGCUGUUUCUGGGAGGUGAAGGCCAAAACAUCUGGGGACCCACAGGUUGAAAACCACUGGAGUAAACACAGGAUUGUGAAGAACACUUAAGAAAUUCUAUUCUAAUUGGGAUAAAUAGGUGGCAUGAGCCCCUUGCACUGUUUCACAUUUAAAGUACCUGUUUUUUCCAAGCCACUAGUAGACUUCUAGUCAACGUCAAGGCUUGUAGAGAGGGGUUGGCGUUUUUUGUUGGUAAACCUGAAUCCUGCUUGAUGCCAGAAGCUAAAAAGCCUGGUGUUUUGGUUCUUUUAAAUUGCCUAACUCUGAUAAAAUGGCAAAUUUUCAUGGAAAUGUAUCGAGCCUUUAUGCUUACUGAUAAGCUCAAAUUAUUUUAUCACGCAACAAAAAAAAUGCAUGCAGUUCAUGAAAAUAAAAAGCUUACAAGGGACUUCAUUGUAUCUACUCAGAAGUUAAUAAUGGGCAUUGGUGAUUUGCAAUUGUGCAUAGCAUUUUAACCUUCACCUGCAUCAAUACUGAGCCCACUAGCUAAUGUUCUUGGAAGAAAAACACUGUUGUUAGAACUGGACAGGGUCCUAGGGCUGACUAGUCCAAUCCCCACCAAGCUUUCAAAUAUAUGGCAGUUAAAGGAGGCAGGGACUGGCACAUUCCCCAUGUGUUUCUAAUUAAUAUUAGUGGUAACAAACUGCUCAAAAUGGAAUAGGAUACCAUCUCUCUGCAUUUUAGGCAGAUAACUGAAGUCCUGAGUUUAAGCCAGAUGUGGUGGAAGUUCCCUCCUUAGAGGCUUUUAAACAGAGGCUGGAUGGUUAUCAAUCAGGGGUAAUUUGAUUGUGCUUUUCCUGCAUGGCAGGGGAUUGGACUAGUUGGCCUAUGUGGUCUCUUCCAACUCUAUUAUUCCAAUGUUGUCAGUUAAAUUUAUGUCCCACCUUUCCACCAAUAUCCUUGAUUUGAGGUAUGUUACUAAGUUCAGACAAAGUUGGGUCGUGCUCACCAUUCAUCUCCUUGGGUGACAUUGGAAAGGGCACCAGAUUGAGUGGGUGAGUAAAGUCUUGCCCCCUCCUUUCUCUCCUUCUCCAAUUGCCUCAUCUCUCCAGCAGGCAUCACUCCUGGUGAAUAGUGACUAUCAUGACCCAUAUCAACCUUGCUGGCCACCCGCACAAGGAGAAUGGGAUGGUGAAUGUCACUCUCUGUCGGGCCACCCGUUAAACAGUUGUGUCCAGCUCCAUCUCAGAACCUGGGCCAAAAGUUGCAAUUUGCUCUGGAUUUGGAGAAAGAAUUUGGAGCAACUUGCAACUUUAGUUAACACAUUUUCACACUCAGCUCCAUGCAUCGUUUAGCCACUGGCUUUUCACGCAUAGUGACCCAUGCAAAUGUGCCCUUAGUUGAUAUGCCAUGACUUUUUCUAAAGUGUGUGUGUUUUGGUAUAAAGUGUUGCAUAUUGACUUCGCUGAAAUAUACUUAUUCUGAAUUGUAGACAUCUAAAACACUGAUUCAUCACUUUUUGUUGUGUUAUAUUGUUUACCUAUGAUCUAUCAUUAAUUUUAAAGUAACAGUUGAGUUGUCCUGGAUGUGUCUGUGUAUUCCUGAGGUUUGCAGAUCUGACAAAUGAGUCAGUAUUAAGAUCUGUGUUUCUAUAGGCACAUUUAGACUAUGCAACACACACUUGGCCAAAUAGUCCUGCUUUAGAUCUUCUUUAUGGAAUCAAAUAAACUUAUUUUCAAGUUUAA